UGUUGAAUCGUGGUACCAGAGCCAAACAGACUCAGUAAGCAAUAACAAACGUUCUCUUGAAAAACGCAGUUGAAAGUUUAGUGUAGAUUUCGGGCAAAAUGGCUGUAAAUUUCAAAAUAAAUGGAAAACCAUAUAAGGUUCUCCUGCAAAAUCAUCCGCCCGAUAUUACCCUCAAUACCUUCAUACGCCAGCAUGCGAACCUGCCUGCCACAAAGUUCAUGUGCCUAGAAGGUGGAUGUGGAGUGUGCAUUUGUGCGGUGAAAGGACGACAUCCAGAUACAAAUGAACACAAAGUAUGGGCGACCAAUUCUUGUCUGACUUUAUUAAACGUCUGCGAUGGAUGGGAAAUUAUAACCUCUGAAGGCAUUGGAAACAAAAAAGAUGGUUAUCACCCAAUUCAAACCCGAUUAGCUGACUUGAAUGGUACUCAAUGUGGAUACUGUUCUCCAGGAAUGGUUAUGAACAUGUACGCACUCUUGGAAUCUAAAGGAGGACAGAUCAGCAUGGAAGAAAUAGAAAAUUCCUUCGGCGGAAACAUUUGUCGCUGCACCGGCUAUAGGCCUAUUUUAGAUGCAAUGAAAUCAUUUGGCAUAAAUUCAGACUACGAAUUUAUUGACAAAUGCAAAGAUAUUGAAGAUUUGGAUAAAACUUGUCCGAAAACAGGCACAAAAUGUUCUGGAACGUGCAGGGCACGAAAAAUGCAUGUAGUUUUCGAAGAUGAUAGAGAGUGGAUUCAACCUCAUUCCAUUGAUGAUAUAAUUCAAACUUUGGGAAAUAUUGGCAGCAAAAAGUAUAUGCUGGUGGCCGGAAAUACAGCACAUGGUGUCUACCGAAGAUCGCGGGAUGUUCAGAUUUUUAUCGACAUCAAUAAAAUUCCUGAUUUGCACGCACACUCUAUUGGCGAAAAGGAGAUUGAACUAGGUGGAAAUUUAAGCCUUAGUGAAACCAUGGAUGUGCUGCGAAAAGCCACGUCAACUCCAGGGUUUGAAUUUUGCGACAAAGUAGUGCAUCAUAUCGACUUAGUUGCAAACGUACCAGUUCGGAACAUGGGUACAUUAGCCGGAAAUUUGUCGAUCAAGCAUCAGCACAAGGAAUUCCCCUCAGACAUUUUUAUAUUGCUUGAAACAUUGAACGCCAAAUUCACUAUAAUGGGCCUGGAUGGCAAGACGACUACGUCUUCAGUAUUGAACUACUUACAAAUGGAUAUGAGUAAGAAGAUCUUAACGAAAAUCAUCAUUGAGGCAAAGCCAGUGGAUCAGUACCUCUUCAAUUCAUAUAAGAUAAUGCCCCGAGCACAAAAUGCUCAUGCAUUUGUCAAUGCCGGAUUUCUCCUAGAAAUGGCGAAUGAUACCGUUAAAUCAGCGCGUAUAUGCUUCGGUGGCAUUAAUCCAGACUUUAUUCACGCUUAUCAAACCGAAAAAUUUUUGGUUGGCAAAAACCUCUUCUCAAACGAAACUAUUCAAGGAGUAAUGACGGAACUCGAAGCCGAAAUUAACCCCGAUUGGGUUCUUCCUGACGCUUCUCCCGAAUAUCGCAGAAAACUAGCUUGUGGACUAUUUUACAAGUUCAUCUUAGGGGUUGCUCCUCAAGAUAUUGUAAAAGAACAGAAUAGAUCCGGUGGAGACAUUCUUCGCCGAUCGCUAUCAAGUGGAACGCAGAUUUAUGAUACUCGCAAGGAUAUGUAUCCUGUAACAAAGCCAAUACGCAAAAUUGAAGCGAUUGCGCAAUGUUCUGGAGAAGCUUUUUAUAUGAAUGAUUUGCCUCCGUUACCGGGAGAAGUUUGGGCAGCAUUUGUUCAUGCAACGCAAGCUAACUCGCGAAUCGCGAAGAUCGAUGCUAGUCCUGCCUUGAAUAUACCCGGAGUAGUAGCCUUCUAUUCGGCAAAAGACAUUCCAGGGACAAACUCUUUCAUUGAGAAAGGCAUGUUUGGAUUCGAUGAAGAAGAAUAUAUAUUCUGUGACGAUCUGGUCCAGUUCCAUUCACAACCGUUGGGUGUGAUUGUUGCGGAAACGGCCGACAUAGCUAAAGCAGCGAGUGAGAAGGUUAAGGUCCUUUAUGAAAAGCUGAGUGGUUCGGUAAUGCCUACGAUGCAGGACGUUUUCGAAAACAAAGCCUUCCAUAGAAUCUCUGGCGUGACGGAAUCCGAAAAUUAUAAAGAAAGUACAUCCCCCCUGGAGGGCACGAAACAUAUUCAGAGUAACUUCGAUAUAGGAAGUCAGUAUCAUUAUACCAUGGAACCGCAGACGUGUGUCUGUAUCCCGACAGAGGAUGGCUUGGACGUUUACUCGGCCACACAGCAUAUGGAUUUGACACAAUCAGCAAUUGCCAAGUGCUUGGAUACUACAAAGUCUAAAGUGUUCUUGCAAGUAAGGCGGUUGGGUGGUGGGUAUGGCUGCAAGAUUUCUCGGGCUUCUCAGAUCGCUUGUGCCUGUGCAGUGGCAAGUACGCUUUUGAACAGGCCCGUUCGAUUUGUACAGAGCCUGGAAUCUAUGAUGAAUGCCGUUGGGAAACGAUUCGCGUGCCACUGUGAUUACACAGUUGACGUCGACGAUAAAGGGAAAAUAGUAAAACUCACGAAUUCGUUCUAUGAAGAUUGCGGAUGCACCGUCAACGAGAGUCCUGUGAAUUAUUUGUCCACAUGGACAGUUUCAAACUGUUACGAUGCAGAUGGAAAUUGGAAAAUUAGUGGAAAGACAGUAAAAACAGAUGCACCUAGUCAUACUUGGUGCAGAGCACCAGGAGCACUGGAAGGAAUUGCAAUGAUCGAGAAUAUCAUGGAACAUAUUGCUUGUGAAACUCAGCAGGAUUCCGCUGACGUACGAUUGCGGAACCUGAAACCAGGCACUAAAAUGGAAACUUUACUGCCCGAAUUUCUCACAAGCACGGAAUAUAAGGCACGCAAAGAGGAAAUAAUAAAAUUUAAUGAACAGAACCGUUGGCGUAAGCGUGGUUUAGGCCUAGCUUUAAUGAAAUAUCCUACUCAUUAUUUCGGCACGCAACCCGCUACCGUUAGUAUCUAUCAAGGAGACGGCAGCGUGUCGAUAAGCCAUGGUGGUAUCGAAAUGGGACAAGGAUUAAAUACCAAGGUCGCACAAGUUGCCGCAUAUGUUCUUGGUGUUCCACUAGAAACGAUUCGAAUUCAUCCUUCAGACAGCUUUAAUGGCGCCAAUGCCACAGUGACUGGUGGCGGCGUUGGUAGUGAGACAGCUUGUUACGCGGCGAAAAAGGCUUGUGAGGAAUUGCUUUUAAGAAUGCAACCCGUUCGCGAUACUAUGGAAAAUCCCACUUGGCUAACACUUGUUCAGAAAUGCUGGAGCUCCAACAUAUCGCUAACAGCGUCACGAUCACAUAAGGCAGGAGACUUGCAAGUUUACGACGUAUGGGGUCUUUGUUUAUCUGAAAUAGAAGUGGAUAUUUUAACUGGAAAUUUAGUCAUAAAGCGUGUGGAUAUUUUAGAGGAUACUGGGGAAAGUUUAAGUCCCAUAAUCGAUGUGGGACAAAUCGAGGGUGCUUUUAUAAUGGGGGUCGGGUAUUGGUUAACGGAAAAGUUGGUUUUUAAUCGGCAAUCUGGAGAGCUCCUUACUAACCGCACUUGGACUUAUAAGCCACCGGGUGCUAAGGACAUACCGAUUGACUUUAGGAUUACAUUGCUGCAAAAUAGUCCAAAUCCUGCAGGCUUUCUAAGAUCGAAAGCUACCGGCGAGCCUGCAUCAUGUCUUGCUAUCUCCGUCCUCUUUGCUUUGAGACAUGCACUGGAUUCUUCAAGAGCGGAUGCAGGUAUAACUGAGAAAUGGUUCCAUUUGGGAGCGCCGUCCACCCCAGAAGAUACCGUAUUAAAUUCGGGAACGUCGGUGGAAAUGUUCACAUUAAAUUAAUUAUUUCUUUUAUAUCUUUUCCUUUUGCAUGGCUUUCUAUGAUUACUAUUUGAUUUAAAAUAAAGUUUACGGAAUUUCUGGUGAAAAUGAUUUCAAUAAAUUUAGAUCACAAAAGAA